GCUGAUUUUGACUACUUCUUUACUUAUAUGCGGACGAAUUACUUUAACCAAGAAUAUGUCUCAUCUCCAGCCUCUAGAGAUGUCUCUGGGAGCAGAUAAGAAAGCAGAGGUCGAAUGUGCACCUCAAUUUGAAGCCUUCGAAACAGUGGAAAACUGGACCAACCUCGCCGAAGACGCUCGCAAUGCAACAGAGGAAGAACAUAGUUUGACCUUCCUCAAGGCAGUCAAGAUGUACCCACAAGCAUGUUUGUGGUCUAUGAUUGUCUCAAUCGUUGUUAUCAUGGACGGAUAUGACACGGCUCUCAUCGGCUCUCUUUUCGCGUAUCCCGCUUUCCAACGGCAAUUUGGGAAUCCCCAAGGGCAAGGAAAAUACCAGUUGGAGGCAAAGUGGCAGACUGCUUUAGGACUGGCCAGUCCCCUGGGUAACAUCGUUGGUAUUUAUAUCAACGGCCUUAUUACUGAGUGGUUUGGUCACAAAAAAGCCGUUCUGGGAACUCUCGUGUUUCUCAGCGGUGUUCUGUUUAUCCCCUUCUUUUCAAAGACCAUCGAGGUGCUAUUUGCCGGCGAGUUGCUCUGUGGUUUGGCAUGGGGAGUUUUCACCACUUUGGCUCCAGCAUAUGCCUCAGAAGUUGCUCCAGUAGCCCUUCGUGCAUACCUCGAGACUUUCGUUGUCCUUUGCUGGGGAAUCGGCCAGUUCGUUUCAUACGGCGUUCUCUACAGCUUGGUAAAUCGCACCGAUGAAUGGUCUUGGCGAAUCCCACUGGCUAUUCAAUGGGUUUGGCCUGUUAUUGUUAUUCCUCUGCUCUUGUUUGCCCCUGAGUCUCCAUGGUGGCUUGUUCGAAAAGGUCGUAUAGACGAAGCGGAGCAGUCCAUGAAGCGACUUUCCUCCAAGAAAUCGCAUACCGGCAAGCAAUCCGUUGCUUUGAUGGUUCAAACUACCAACCUAGAGACAGCCAUGACGGAAGGCUCCUCAUACAGGGAUUGCUUUCGUGGAACGAAUCUGUGGCGCACCGAAAUUGGAUGCGUUGCUUGGGCGUCUCAGGUUCUCUGUGGCUUUGCCAUCGCUAAUUACUCGUCCUACUUUUACGAGCAAGCUGGGUUGCCGGCAGCAAAUGCUUACAAAAUGACAAUUGGACAAGGGGGCAUUCAUUUCUUGUGUACUCUAUUUUCGGUCUUUGUGACUGCACGAUUCGGUCGACGUGGGAUCAUGCUCUUCGGAUAUGCCGGCAUGUCCUGUGCCAUGUUUAUUCUUGGAUUUCUAGCACUUGCGCACCAGACAACAGGUUUCGGUUAUGGCCAGGCUAUUAUGUAUCUCGUCUGGUACGUCAUCUAUCAGCUGACUAUUGGUCCGACUGCCUACAUCGUUGUUGGCGAGAUAUCUUCCACCCGCCUUCGGUCAAAGAGUAUUUCUCUGGCUCGUAACGCAUACAAUGUUGCGAAUGUGUUUAGCGCCACUGUAGCUCCCUAUACCCUGAAUCCUACUGCGGGAAACUUGAAAGGUAAAACAGCCUUCUUGGCCGCCGCUUUCUCGCUGCUUUGUUUGUCAUGGGGGUACUUUCGCCUCCCUGAAAGCAAAGACAGGACGUACGAAGAACUGGAUCUUUUAUUUUCCAAAAAUCUGAAGGCGCGUGAAUUCAAAAAUGCGUCUAUCGACGGAAGAGAAAUGCCUGAAUUUACCAAAUAACAAUAAACUCACAUCAUGACGUGCUUCCAAUGUUUCAGCUUUUUCUUAAGGGACUUUUUAGUAGUGCUGUUAGUUUAGCCAGAUGAAAUCCAAUUUUCAUGUUCGAAUUCCAGCUAGGUCAUCUUAUAUUAAACUAUUUUCAAG